AUGAAGUUGUUCGGUUUUUUAGUAUUUAUUGGAGUUUAUUGUUGUUAUGGUCAACAUUAUACAACAGAUAGCCCUCCAGCAUAUUACGAUAGAAGAUGUGGAGAAGAUCUGGGGAACCUGUGGCUCGAUGUGGUGGUAGUGGUUGACAAUUCGAAAGGAAUGACAAACGGAGGAUUGAUCAAUAUCGCUGCCAGCAUUGCUAGUGUGUUCAGUAAUGGUACUAGAAUCGGAACGGAUCCCUACGAACCAAGAACCACCAGACUUGGAUUGGUCACCUAUAACGCUGUUGCAAAUACCGUUGCCAAUCUCGAUACAUACCAAUCUCUCGAUGACGUCUAUGAUGGAAUCUUCACUGCAUUGUCUCAAGUCAGUAGCUCGGACGAAUCCUAUAUUGUUCACGGACUCGCUCAAGCAGAGGACAUCCUUGAGGAUGGAAAGAGCAAUAAGAACCGUACUCAUUAUCAAAGAGUUGUGAUUGUCUAUGCUUCCACCUACAAAGGAACUGGACCUUUGGACCCAAUCCCAGUUGCUGACCGUCUCAAAACUGCUGGAGUAACCAUUGUGACUGUAGCCUACGAUCAGGAUGGAGAUGGUGCUCUUCUUGCUGACCUCCAAUUGAUUGCCACUCCUCCAUACAACUUCUCAAACACGGAUCAAGCUGGAAACGAGAUCGGAGAAAUUCAAGGAGCUCUUUUGCAAGUGAAUUGUUUUUGCCCGAAUGGCUGGACCCAAUACCGCGCUUCGUUCACUGAUAUUCAUUCCUAUCGUUACGGUGUUUGUAUUCAACCUGAGAACUUGAAAGCUGUCUGGCGUGCUGCUCAAUCAUCGUGCCGAAUCAGAUGGAACAACGCUUACUUGGCAACAGAGUUCGACGGUACUAAACACGAUUUUAUUCUCUCGGCUAUCCGGAACCAAACCGGGUUUAUUCAACCAUUCAGUUAUCAUAUUGGACUUAAUUUGGUCAAUGGAGUUUGGGUUUGGGAUCACCCAGUUGGAUGGGCACGACCACAACUUCAGAACUGGUACGGAUGGUUACCAGGAUAUCCACUUCAAUCUUCCACGUUGACAGCUGUCUUGAACUCACAACCAAGUACCGAUGUGAAGACUGGAUGGGUAAAUAUUGCUCCAUUGAAUACUGCAGCUAACUAUGUUUGUGAAACUGCCUCAUGCGAUACGGACAAUUACUGUGCAUCAGUGACGUCGGAUACUGCAGUCCAAAAGCAUUGA